CAAUUCCUUCAUCUUCACAAAAGCCUUUCCUUUUAUACAAUUUCACACCUCCUAUUCUCUACUCUCACACAAUCCCCUGUGAUUUUGCAGCCGCAAUUGGUGCUCUUCACAGGUGAUUUUGGUGAGGAGGAUGUGCCACUUGUGCAGAGCGUCGCUGCUCUUCCUUUCCCUAAAGCUGUUAUUUUGGGCAAUCAUGAUGCUUGGCACACCCAGAAAUUUCCAAAGAAACAAAACGGUGUCCAAAUGCAGCUUGAUAUGAAAGAAAACGGUGUUCAAAUGCAACUUGAUAUCCUUGGUGAUGAGCACGUAGGAUAUCAACGCAUGGACUUCCCCUCACUGAAGCUCAGUGUUGUUGGUGGUCGCCCCUUUUCACAUGGCGGAGAUAAACUGCAUCGUGAUAAACUGCUUUUAAAGAGGUAUGGAGUUCGUAAUAUGAAUGCCAGUGCUGGGACUAUUUGUCGAGCUGCACUUGGAACACCUGAAGAUCAUGUGGUUAUAGUUCUUGCGCAUAACGGACCAACAGGUCUUGGUUCUCAGGCAGAGGAUAUAUGUGGAAGAGACUGGUCUGCCGAAGGCGGUGACCAAGGUGAUCCAGAUCUGGAGCAGGCAUUACGCCAGUUGAAGGAGACAACGGAACUGUCUGUUCCUUUAGUUGUGUUUGGACACAUGCAUAAGGAGCUUGGAGGUGGGAAAGGAAACCGAAAAAUGGUUGUGGAAGAUAGUGACAACAAGGUUCUUUAUGUGAACGGUGCAAUAGUCCCCAGGGUUAUAGAGAUAAAAGAAACACCGGUUGGAACAGCGGAAUCCGAGAGUGGUGGCACAGUAAGAGCUUUUACGUUGGUGGAGAUUUUAGAUGGAAAGAUCAAGAAAGUAGUUGAAAGUUGGGUACAAGUAACCGGAAGUGUGGCCAAGAUUGUGGAGGAAAUGACAUUGUUCGAGGAUGUAACUUGAUCUAACAAGGGUACUUGUGUUGUUUGCUAAACAAUUAUGCGACCUUUAAUUCAUCAAUGAUCAGUUUAGUUUACAUAUAGAACUAUGUAAAUACUCCUGACAUUUGAGGUUUUCUGUAUGUAGAAUCGGUUCUACAAGUUGUUUUCUUCCAUUUAAGUAAUCAACUGGUCCCUGAUCCGCGCGCCAUCGCGGUUAUGAA